AUGGACCAACCACGUGAAGACAAGAGUGACGACUCAAACCACUCGGGAGAUCUGGCCAUUACCCAAAGCUCACGGGUUUCCCAACUUCUCGCAGCAAAUCUUAGCCCGAUGGCCGACUCGGAGAUUUUGAAACUUUCUCUUAGUCUGAAUUCCGUCAUUUCAACCACCUCUUCUUUCAGCCUCCGUUUUCAAAAUGCGUGUUCUCGGCCUCACUUGCAGCUGCUCAAUCAAAUUGGAGCUGGGCUACAGGGAGCGGUCUUUGAACAGGUUGGCAAGCCGUUGGCCAUGAAAAAGGAAACCCCUGGAAACGAAAUGUUGCGAUCUAACCUUUGUCAUGAGUACAUAUUGCACUGUAAUGCAUCAGCCGCAUUUGAGAAAUACCGGCUCAUCAACAGUCAAGUUCAUGUUCCGAAACCAUUCCAGUUGAUUUCCAGGGAAGGAAACAGCGCUUUUUGGAAUGAAAUCCUACCAAAAAUUCCUCAGCCUCACCGUAUGCGCGGGGAUCUUGUGAUGAUGGAACGAAUUCUCCCGUUACCUAAAGUCGUGCGAACAGCCUUGAUCUCUGAGAUUUACGCCCCCGAGCAGAAUCUUGACAGCACUGAAAUUGAAGCUCUCCUCAACCACCCUGCAAACAAGCACUGCCUCGCCCGAAUUUACCUCGGCAAGACCAAUGGUAGCAUUGACCACAGAACCCCGCUGAGAAAUUUCCCUUUGUACCUUGAGACGAUGGAGCAGACUGGCAUCGAAACUCUCCCGCUUGCAAGCGCGAUGGGCAAGGCAUAUGCAAUAUUACACUGGGGUGCCGCCAUUAAUGGCGACGAUGUGGAGUUUGUACUUGGUACAUCAAUCAGAGACGCCCAGGGAUUAGAAGAUGGGCCAUAUUCGCAGCACCGCGCGGUUCAGAUGUAUCUCUUGGACUUUGGGCAGUGUGAGGCAGUCGACCUGACCCAUGAUCCCGAUGUUGUUUAUCAAGCUUUCAAAGGAGCCAUGGUGACGGGGGAUAAUCAACAUUUUAUUCCACAUGUCACGAGAAGUCCGGCACUGUUUGCGACCUUCCGACAAGGGUACCUUGAAGCCGGAAAUCUCAUUCUAUCCCAGAAGCGAUUGAAGAAUAAGUUUAACAUGGAGGACUUUAUGCGAGAGUAUGUUGAAUAUACCGAGGACUUCCUGUAG